CCCCCCCCCCCCCCCCCCCCACAGUCGUUGCUAUGCAACAUUGGACGCUAACCUCCUUUAGCAGCGAUGGCAAUGCAGAACAAGAAUGUCAAAAGACCGCUGUCAAGUGGUGCAGAAAAGUCCCACUCCCAAAUGUCUAGGACUUUGAGACGUCCUGCCACUGAACUUCCAUCCAGGAAAUCACCUGCUAUGGACUUUCUAGCUAAAGAGGAGGAAUACAAGCGUCUGAACGCUGAGCUGGAGGCGAAAACGGCUGAUCUUGUGAGACAAGCGGAACAGGUUAUGAGGGGGCAACAUGAAGUCCUGUCCAAACCUCCGUUUUCCCACUUGGAUGUUGACCUUGACAAUGAAAAUGAGGAUUUCAGGAAUAUGAACCUGCUAGAACCACCUCUGAAGCAGCCCAGUGCAAAGGUGGUGACAAAAAAAAAGAUUGGUUCCAAAACGUUGGUUCCAAAAAGACACUCCCCCGGAAACCAAAGAAAGACACAAACUACAAAGGCACAUGUGGCUGAUGAUGUAGCUGUUCUUGAGGAUUUUGUGGAUUUCUCCUUGGCUAAAACUAUCCAGAAUAUUGAGGGGAAGCUGGAUGAUGGUGACACUCAUGAUAAUGUCGCAGAUGAUGUCAUGCCAAGUGUUGGAGAAGAGAUGGGAUCAGAUUCUCAAAUACGGUUUCUGAAGGCAAAACUUCGGGUGAUGCAGGAAGAGCUAAAUCAAUUAUCAAAUGAAUGUAACAAGAAGGAUGAUGAAAAUAGCAGUCUGAGCUCCAAAGUCAAGGAGCUGGAGGAGGAUCGAAUGAGAUUACAGAAGACCACUAACAUUCAGCAGAACCAGAUAGAAAAACACAGAGCUCUAGCAGAGGAGUCUGGCAGGAAGUGUGAAGGACUAAAGCAGCAGCUUGCAGUUCUGCAGAAGGAAACGGAGGGCUUGAAAAGAGCCCAGACACAGGCAGCGAGCAACCACAGUGCUGUGGAGGUGCGUCUGAACAGGGCCUUGGAGGAGCUGGAGAGGUCCAAGACUCAGCUGAAUAAGAUCAAGCAACAGAGCAAGGAUAAUGUAACCCAGGAGCAUCAAAAGAUGGAAGUCCUACAAGCAGAGAACAAGAGGCUGGAAAAGCAAAAAGCUGAAUUAAUUGUGGGUUUUAAGAAACAACUCAAACUGAUAGAUAUCCUUAAAAGGCAGAAGAUGCAUUUUGAAGCUGCCAAGAUGUUAUCGUUUACAGAAGAGGAGUUUAUGAAAGCUCUGGACUGGGGGAAAUAAUGACUUCUAAAAGAUUCUGAAACCCAGACCUAUGUCUACGUUGGGUCUCAUCUCCAGCUAAACCACUGGCAUAUUUUGGCCUGCCAAAUUUGGCCCUGUCAAUGCAGGGCUUCACAUGGAGGGGUCACCAUUGAAAAACAGAUUUUUUAUACUGUUUUAAAAGUUUUUCAUUUUAUUUUAAUUAUGCCUUUAAAAUGUUCAUAUUUUCCAAAGUAGUUUCAUUAUUAAUGUAAUAAAAAUAAUGUGUUACAGAAAUAAACUAAUCAUUUUUAUUGAC